AUGGACCCGGAAGUUAUUCACCAGAAGUGUAGGCUCAAUAUUCUAGGAUUCGAGACAUGCCCUGAGAUGACCACAUAUCAAGAGGUAUUCGCUGAUCUAAGUGGUAUUGGGCUUUAUGCCAAAGCUUCUGGUUUCAACCAUAGUUGUUCUCCCAAUGUUAAUCGCUUCGCGGUUGGCACAUGCCAACAUUUCGUCACGAAUCGUGACAUCAACCGUGGUGAACAACUUACCAUAAGCUACUUCGAACACGAGUACCUAUCCUCAAGCAUUGCAGUGCGUAGGAAGCAGCUCGAGCAUAGAGACUUUAUCUGUGCAUGUCCUAGAUGUGUUGAUGAGGUAGAGGAGGUGGAAG